GUGCUCUCGCGCGGAAACGACGAGCAGGAUCGCAUGGUCGCACAGCACUACAUUCUCCGCACCGCAUUUGGUGGCGAUUUCUCGGCUCCUGCUCGAUCCAUGCUCGAAAAGGGCUGUGUGGUUCUGGACGUCGGCUGUGGUCCUGGCACCUGGACAAUGGAGAUGAGCACCGAGUUCCCAAACUCGAGUUUCAUUGGCAUCGACUGUCUGAAUGCCUUUCCGCGCGACAUCAAGCCAAAGAACUGCCACUUUAGAACAUGUACAGUUGGCCAGCAAUCGUCUACCACACUAGCGUCUCUGCCGUUUCCUGACAACAGCAUUGACUACAUCUUCCAGCGUGAUCUGAAUCUUGGUCUGCAGGCACAUAUGUGGAGUCCGUUGGUUAAAGAAUAUCUACGAAUCCUUAAACCUGGAGGAUGGGUAGAACUAAUGGAACCUGAUAUGGAAACACAAAGUAGUCUUCGAAACGAGUGUGCCAUGAAUGACAAACUUCUUUAUGGCCUUUCGCUUCGUCAACAAGACCCUUAUGUUGGUCGUCGUCUUCCUUCGAUUCUGGCUGUCAAUGGGUUCAGACGGGUGGAAAGCGAAUUCCAAUCUCUUCCUCUUGGAUGGGGCAGCAGUCAUGCAUCCCCUUUGAGCUCUCCUACACAACCCACACAUCCCAACGCAAGUGAAAGUAACCCUCGUAAUCCAAGUUUACCAGUCGACCUUUCACCACCUUGUUCCGAGUUUGCCAGAGCAGUCUCCAGCCACUAUUUGUUUACCCUCCAGUCUCUUCAGCCCUGGUUAUCUGCAGUGAUCAACAUCAGUCCUGAAAAAUAUGCUGCCACAAUUUCCAACUUGCCGGCCGAGUGGAAACAAGCGCGCACUUAUAUUAACUGGCAUUGCGCAGUUGCCCAGAAACCAAGAACGGAAGAACCCUUCUAAAGAAAAGGCAGAAACUUGC